AUGGGCCCCUGUACCGCCUCCUCAUGCUGCUGCCAGGCCCCUAAUCUGCCAUGGGCCCCCGUACCGACUCCUCAUGCUGCUGCCAGGCCCGUAAUCUGUCAUGGGCCCCUGUACCGCCUCCUCAUGCUGCUGCCAGGUCCAGAGUGUGUCAUGGGUCCCUGUACGGCCUCCCAUUGCUGCUGUCUCCAUCGCCACACUCUGCCAUGUGCCACUUUCAGGUCUCCUCACACUGCUGGUGGUUUCCAUUUUUUGUCAUAGGGUGCUGUAUGGCCUCCCAUUGCUGCUGCCUCCACCGCCACACUGUGGCUCCACACUCUGGUUUUGGCCCGUGACUGCCCAAAUGAGUGAAGUGUGCGGUGAUUCUAAGAUCGACGGCACUCAUCUGCAUGUCAUACUGACUGUCAGUAUUAUUUCUCUUCCCCAGCAGACUCCAAGGGCAUUUAAAUUAAAGGUACAGUGUUCUGCACUAAUAUAA